UAAUGUUACCAACAAACGUUAUUGUCAAUCAAGAGACUUCAAAAUCCCGAGACAUUUCAGACAGUAAAGGUUAAAGUACUACGAAUGCGAAUGCUAGAGGGGUCUGGAGUCUGGAUACUUUGGACAACGACUGUCAUUAUCAAGACAACAUGCAUAUUUUAAACAUUCUUGAAGAUUUUAGAUUAUUAUAAAAAAUAGGAAGGUGAAAAAGUUAUAAACGACGAAUUUAGUUGUGAUAAUUUUGCAAGCUACAUGAUAUCAACAAAAUGUGCUUCGGUCCAUUUAAACGAAUUUGCAAUUGGGGACCGCUUACUGCUCUCGCAAUAAUUAAAGUUAUCACUUUGAUGACGAUACAUUGUAGCAGACAGAUGAGGGUCAGAGAAGAAUCUACAUACAAUAUUAGCUUUAUAACAUUUAUAUUUUUUAGUGGCAUGACUCUAUAUCACUUUAUUAAUUCUAUCUAUGAAGGUCCUGGAUAUCUUCCAUAUAAGUGGGUUCCAAAAAAUAUAAAAGACUGCCAGUUUUUACAAUUUUGUAAUGUUUGCCAAGGAUACAAAGCCCCACGUUCUCAUCAUUGCAGAAAAUGCAGUCGCUGUGUCUUAAAGAUGGAUCACCAUUGUCCAUGGAUAAAUAAUUGUGUGGGUCAUCGAAAUCACGGUUAUUUCACUGCCUUUUUAGCAAGUGGUGUUUGUGGUUGUUGUGUUUCAACAUAUAUUUUGGUCAGCUGGUUGAUGACUGUGUUUUCAACUAGGCCUUUACCAUUCAAUCCACCUUCUAUUUUUAUAUUAGUCUCGUCACUUUUUAGUAUAGGCCUUUCGGUUGGUGUUGUCAUAGCUGUAGGAAUGUUAUUAUACUUCCAGAUACAAUCCAUUGUGAAAAAUCAAACUGGCAUAGAACAGUGGAUUAUAGAAAAGGCAAAUUAUAGAAGAUCUAUCACUGCUGAUCAAUUUACUCAUCCGUAUUCAAAAGGCUGGCUUUUUAAUACUAAACAAGUACUCUCUUGGCAUUGUAUGGCACCAGGUGAUGGAGUCACCUGGCCUGUCAUUGAGGGAUGUGAUCAAUAUACUUUAACACGUGAACAAUUAGCACAAAAACAAGAAAAACGAAAAAGAGCCAAACAAUAUAGAGUUAUCGCCAAAGUUACGGGAUCUUGGGUUCCAAUUAGUCAUGGAUGCAAAGUACUGUGUUCACCGCCAAUCACCGACGAACCGCGAAUAAAGUUAGAUAUUGGCGAUACCGUUAUGGUGACUCGAUGGCGCAAUCAUUGGUUAUUUGGUGAAAAGGAAGGUGUGAUUAUCGUAUCAAAUGGUAAAGAUAAUCGCGUUCGAGGCUGGUUUCCUCGACCUUGUGCAAUACCAGUGAGCGGGAAAGAUGGCCCGUUAGACGACUAUUUUGAUUUAGACUUAAAUGCACAAGACUUCAUUCCAAGCGCAAAGGUCACAUCAAAAUCGACUGAAACGGACUUUAAUUAUCGCGCGGAAUACGUGUCUUCGAAAGCGUCCAAGAAAAAACAUAAAUAGUACAAUUUAACGUAUAGCUUAAGUAACGUAAAUUUUCUAAUAUAGAACGUGACUAUUUCAUGACUACGGAUAUUAUUUGUGUGAGAUAUUUUUACCUGAAAGUUUUGUAUUUCGUAAAAAUCGAUAGCAUUUUUGUAUUCGUAGGCAAAAAAUUAAUCGACAUUUGCAAUUCACUCAGGCAAACACUCAUUCCAUUUUGUUACAGUCAUUUCAAGCCUAAAUACGUGUACAAAUGAGUCUUACAUGAUAGUUUUUUGCAAGAUAUUUUUAUCGAUGAAGUGCCUAAAAACAAAAUACUCUAUAAAUUUGCCAAACAAAAAAAAAUUCUCUGCUAAGCAACAUCAAGAUAAAGGAUACGUAUAAAAAAGGAAUUUGGAUUCAGCCCACGCUUCGAAAAAUACGGCCUGUUUAAUGCAAGCGCUUGCCAUUGGAAGAUAGCCGCGAAUUGCACAAAUGUACGUGGGACAAUCAUGCCGAUUAUUGUGACAGACCGCGGACGAACAUUCUUUUGAAAAAGACUCGAGAGUAUAUGUUGCGUACUGCACGCGGAUUGUAAAUUAUCAUUGGAUGCAGACGUUCACCUGGAUGUAGACAAAAGACGAAUACUAGGCUGGGCCAAUCAACCUUCGAUUUUGAAAAUCUGGUCGCAUGUUAUUCCGCUUGGAAUAUUUUAACCGCAACGCGCUGUUCCACGCCCGAAUGAGCCGCCAUUCCGAUGAAAAUCAAUAUAUGUUAGUGUGAAAAGUCGCACGCUCGUGUGUAUGUGUGUAUUUGCGCGUAACACUACAUCAUACAGCACUAGCACAAAAAGAAUGGGAGAGAAAGAGGGGAAAAACGGGAGUUUCGCCGUUAAACGUUCAGGGGGUAGUUUGGCAAGAGACACGCAACGCAAUGGGCUGUCACGCAGAGCUAAACCUGAAUAUAUGUAUUUUUUUCCUUUUCUGAGCGAGUUUUGUUUAGAAACUGAAUAUUUUUUUCUCGAAUAUGUGUCAAUAGUUGAAAGACAAGAAAAUAAAAUUUGUUUGUUUGUUGAUUCUCUAUUCUGUUUGGACGAUUUCAAAUUUAAUAUAUUGAGUCACCAGAAUUUUUCAAGUAUUCGAAAAACAAAUUAAUGUAUAAUUUACUGUAGUCAUGGCACUAUAAUUGGUAGAGUACACUAAAGAAAUUAGUUUUAUAAAAUAACUUAUAAAUGAAAAUUCAGAUGAAGAAUUUGAACCGGCAUCAAUCGAAUAUAAUUAGCAUCCAAAAGCAUUUUAUAAUAUUCGUUUGCACAAAAUAACAAUUCACCUAGUUAUGUAGAUUGUCGAAGAAGUAUAAUACGAGGAUGAUAAUGUGGUGUACAGACAGCAGAGCUCGUGUUUAGAAUCGUGUACGCGUGACCAAAAACGAAGAGAGAAUGAGAGAGAGAGAGAGAGAGAGAGAGAGAGAGAGAGAGAGAGAGAGAGAGAGAGAGAGAGAGAGAGAGAGAGAGAGAGAGAGAGGCAGGCCAAAUGCGAGAGCACGGCUUAUACAGGUGUAUAGCAGUUAAUUUUCUGUAUACGGCGAAUAUUGUACGGAAUCGAUUUGUAUAUGUAUUGGUAUUUUCUUUAUCUUAAAAACGUUGCUUCGACGAAUGAUUUAUCACGAAUAGAGACCUGGAGGUCGUGUACGAUAAGAGAUUGUCUACCUUUCACGGGGGUGAUUUUUCUUGAUAGUGUGUUCAAUUUGUUUCAUUCGUUCAUUUUUUUGUUGUCGAAACAACGAUAGAUAAGAUAUUCAAUACAAAUGAGGUUCUAUCCAUUAGAUUGAUUUUACUACAUAGAUUCAAUUUAUAUAUGGUAGUAAGGAGAGAUGCCAAUUUGGCCUCUUAUGUGAUUUUUUCUCUCUGUGUAUCACAACGAAGAUAUAUAAUUUUUAUUUUUGUACGUUACUUGUUUUGUUUCCACAAUUGUAGUUAUAUGCUGUAUACGUAACAACACCAAUCUAUACUUUCUUGAAAGUAGCCAAGGUUGAUGGACCAUUAAAGAAUUAGACAAUUUAACUUAUACUCAGUCAACUCGAAGAUUAUAUACGUAAAACUAUUAUGAAAUGAAAAAAAACCACUGUAGAUUACUAGUUUUAACGAAUUGUGUGUUUUGAUCUUAAGAUGGGACAUGGAAUAAAAAAGUAUAAUUAAAUUAUAGAAAGUAUCUACAUUAUUCAAUAAAUUAUUCCGAAUCACUUAA